AUGAAUAAAGAUGCAAAACGUCUUCUAGACGAUAUAAAAUUCAAUCCAUCAUCAAUGAAACAUGUUUGUCGUAGUAUAACUUGUUUACUUGAUUUACCCGAUGAAAUUUUACUUCUCGUUUAUCGUUAUUUGUCUCUCUAUCAUGUUCUUUAUUCGUUUUAUACACCUUCGAAACCUAAACAACGUCUUCAUCGUAUGAUAUAUGAUUAUUAUACAAAAAUAAAACUUGAUGGAAUAAAAACUAAUGAAUACAAUUAUUUAUCAAAAUUAUUUUCUGAUUCUGAAACUCCUAUACGACCGAAAUCACUAAUAUUGUGUAAUGAAAAUAUUACCUGUUUAACAUACCAUUAUUUUACUUCUAUAUCUGAUGAUCUAAUUCGCUCGAUGUUUGGCAAUUUAAAACAUCUUACAUUAAAGGAUUGUUCAGAAAGUGAUCUUCAAUAUCUGAAUAAAUAUAUUAGAAGUCUAAAACAACUUCAAUAUAUUCAUAUAACUAUACAGAAACCUGAUAUCAAUCAAGACAUGUUUAUUAAAGAGAUUCUAUAA